GAGAAUUAAGGUACUCCUACAAUUUAGUGGCUGGACAUCUGCAAAGACAAGUUGACCAAGAAACCAAGGAAGGAUCUUUAUGGUCUCUCAAGACAUUCACCAGCAUCAAAAUCUUUGACCUUGGCUUCUUCUUCUACUGACCCAGAAUCACACUAGUCAUGGGUAAACCUAAGAAGAAAGAAGAGGCUGUCUUUCUGAGGAAGAAGAUCACACUUCUCAGGGCCUUUUCACUUCUCAUUGGGAGCAUGGUGGGCAGUGGCAUAUUUAUCUCCCCCAAGGGGGUCCUGAAAAACUCUGGCAAUGUGGGCCUCUCCUUAAUCAUUUGGUUUGCCUGUGGAAUUCUCUCUAUGUUUGGUGCUUUGAGUUACGCAGAACUGGGCACGCGAAUUACCAAGUCCGGAGGCCAUUACAUUUAUAUCUUGGAAACUCUAGGUCCUCUGCCUGGAUUCCUGUUUCUGUGGGCUGAAUACUUUGCUAUAAGACCAGCCAACAGUGCUGUUGUCGCCUUAGCAUUUGGACGCUACAUAUUGGAACCAUUUUUUGCACCUUGUUCGGCUCCACUCCUGGCUGUGAAGCUUGUUGCUCUCCUGGGUUACUACAUUGUCCUCAUCUUAAAUUCUUGGAGUGUCAGCUGGAGUGCCCGGCUCCAGACCAUCUUAUCUAUCAUCAAGUUGGUAGCACUCUCUCUCAUUAUCGUCCCAGGCAUGAUGCUUUUAACUCAAGGCUGUACAGGAAAUUUCCAGGAUGCCUUCAAUACCCAAACACUCGUUUUGGACAAACUACCGUUAGCCUUUUAUGCAGGGAUGUUUGCCUACUCUGGAUGGUUUCAAACUAGUUUUGUACGAGAAGAACUGGUGAAGCCAGAACGAAAUAUCCCAUUGGCUGUGAUUGUGUCGGUGAUCACAGUGAUUGUGGGGUAUAUGCUCACCAACGUUUCCUAUUACACAGUACUGACAGCAGCAGAUGUCCUUGUCUCCCAGGCAGUGGCUGUGAGUUUUGCACGGAAAGCUUUCCAGAGCCUUAUCUCUGUGAUUCCAGUCUUGGUUUCCCUGUCUUGUUUUGGAACCAUGAAUGGGGGAAUUUUUACAUUUUCAAGGACAUUGUUUGUGGCUUCCAGGGAGGGGCAAUGGCCCACCCUCUUCUCUAUGAUCCACAUCCAACGCCAUACCCCACUGCCAGCUGUCUUGCUAAUGUUCCCUUUAGUCACAGCCAUGAUUUGUGUAGGAGACCUUUACCAUUUGUUGAACUUCUUCAGCUUUUCCCGGUGGCUCUUCAUAGGAUUAGCCACCCUUGGGCUUAUAGUUCAUCGGUGUCGCCAUCCUGAUAUAUUAAGCCCAUUCAAGGUUCCUCUUUUCAUUCCCGUUUCCUUUACUGUCAUCUGCCUUUUCACAGUGGGAAUGUCCUUUUAUUCAGACCCGGUUAAUAUCAGCAUUGGAUGUGGCAUCGUUUUAAGUGGUCUUCCAGUUUACUAUUUGCUCAUCAAACAAUCAAUGCCAAAUUGUUGCCGUAAGACUUUCUGCUUUCUUACACUGAAGCUUCAGAUCCUGUUGAAGGUAGUACAGCAGGAAAUCAGGACAUACUGACCAGUCCUAAUUUUGAACUGUUGACUUUGGAGAGCCUUCUGUACAAGCUUGUAUUUCCUAUCACACUUAGAGUAGCUUUGCAUGGCUGCUUCCAGUCUGGAGUUCCAACACCAUAUGGAAAGUUCACCAGAGAUCAAAGACACAAAGAAGCUUGCCCGGAUUCUUGCUUACUAUUUGAUGGGGUUUUUUUUACAAAUAUAGUCUAAGCUGCUCUUGGUAUUAUCUUCAUAUGCAAUGCAGAUACACUUAGGUGCAACCAAUAAAUCUGAUGCAGUUGCAUCUGCAUACAUAUUCUAUUUCUGUGUAAAGCUUGGGUAGAAACAAGUUACUUGUAGAUUUUGGAAGACCAUAAAUUUGUUAUAGUUAUGGUACAUUUUGAUGAGUAUUUCUGAGUUAAACCGAACUUUGGAUGCUUUUCAGCCUAUGAAAAGCUUUACAAAAGAUACAUUUUUCAAAGAUCUAAGUCAGGGGUGUCAAACUCAAGGCCAGGGCGCCGGAUCUGGCCCAUGGGGUACUUAGAUCUGACCUGUGGGGCAACCCUGCAAACAGCGAAAGACU